AUGGCGAACGCCACCCAGUCCUGGCCUUGGGGAAGCUACUGGGCGGCUCCCGAGGGAUUUUGGUGGGCAUCCCAGGCCGCACCAGCAGCCGCGAGCUGGAAUUUCAGCCGCUUGCAGGAGGCCUUCCCGGACCUGAACUGUGCGCGCCACGCGAGCUGGACUGCCUUGCGGCGGGAGCUCAUUGAUCUGACGAACAAAGAGGCCAUGGCUUUCCCGACGCACUGGCAGACCUGGCAGACGUCCAUCACCAUGCUGGUGCAGAAGCACACGCAGGGGAAGUAUGCUACCUCGACGUCCAUGGAGUUUCUCCACUCCCAUGGUUUCAAGGUCUGCCCUUUGGGUGUCGCUGCGCUCGCCGCGGCCACCUGGCUGGGUUGCCUCGGUGAGGUCGCCAACUUCGCGCGGGAGACCAAGGACGCGACCUUCGACCAGAGAUUCUGGAGCGUGGUCGCAAAGUGCGAAGCCUUGGGCAACAUCCUCCAGCAAGCGACCGUGGCUGCAACGAAGGCCACAGGCCUCAACGUGCUGGCGACGCUCGCAGCAACUAAGUGGCCGAUACUUGCUUUGCUUUCCGCGGGGGAGCAGCCGAUCCAGUGGCAUCUGCAUGCCCUCCUUGGCAGAUUGGCGGGUUUAGGAUCCCAGAAGCGCCUGUCACCAGAAGUGAACGUCACCAUCCAGGAUGGAUUCUGCUUCUCCGGCUUCCCACGCCAUCAGCGCCUUCUCAAGCGCUUCGCCGAAAUGGUUCGGUCCAUGGCAGAGUCCGCGAGGGCCAACUCUGGAUCGAAGUGGCUGAAGACGAGCCUGGAAGAUGAUUUUGGGCAGCAAAUGAUGCAGAUGCUGAAAAAGCGGCGAGAUCUCUCCUCUGUCUUGCCAAGGCUUCCACUUGUCUGCCAGCCGCUCUACUUUGCCAGUUACGUGUUGUGGGGCUUCGGCUAUGCGGGGGAUGCCGGCUACAUCACUGGAAGCGAUGCGGAUCUGCGAGCGCUGCUGUGGGAGUCUGUUCCCCUGGGCCAACUGCUUCUCACAAUGAAUUUCGUAGCGUUUCCUGUCUUUGGCUUCUGGCGGUACUUCCAGAGCUUCGUGCAUCAUCGUAUGGAGGUGCCAACUUUUCCCCGCCGAGCGAAGCGCCUCGAGGACGCAUUCCGCGGAGCCUUCUACGGAAGCCGCUGGCGCGCCUCCCUGGCUUUCGACCAUCUGUUUCAGCUGCUUCCCAGCAACGGGCUUUCCGAGACCCUCACGGUGGGCAGUGCCCUCCAGCGCGCGGUCGUGGCAAUGACGAGUCUCUGGGGCACACGCCAUGCUUUGCGUUUGCCUCUCUGGCUGAAGUGCCUCGUGCAAGCUGGCAUUGCUGCAACCAUUGUGCUCUGCCACGACGUGGAGGCUUUGAUGGUGUGCAAAAAGGUUCACGUUCACCCAGAGCUCUGUGCUUUUGCGGACGAGUGGCCAAGAAGCACCCUGAGCAAACCGACGGCUUUGGCUCUCGGUUUGGCCCGGGGCUACGACAUGCUGUGGCUGGACAUGGACGUGGUGUUAGUUCGAGACCCUCGUCCGCUUCUUUGGCCGCUGCGCUCUCCAGAAGCUCCGCCAGUGAGCCAGGAGGAGGGAAGCCACGUCACCAGCGGAGAGGAGUUUUGUGGGGAGCUUUUUGCCCAACAUCCACUUCUGCGCCCCAAAAUCCAAGGCAGCCGCUUUACUUCGACCAGCAAGUCCUGCGACAUCUGCUUGGCCUCACGAUUUCGGAAAUGUAUUCGAAGCCUGGCGAGCAAAUUGAGCCCUUCAAGCAAAAAGCUGAGCGGCUACACGACUGAUUGGAAGCGCCGCCUGCACAUGGGCCUCUAUACUCCGCAGUCGGAACUUUUUGGGGCGCGCCGCACCCCACCUUGGGGUGUGCUGCACCCGUGCAUUUUCGCCAUGAGCCCUUACACCACCUGGGGUGGCACACGGGAGCACUUGUGGCCUGGUUCUUCGGGGCAGAUCGCCGCCGCACAUGUUCUUGAGAGUUUUCCAACCGUCCGGACGCUUCACCAGCAGCUUCUGACGGAUCUUCUCGAAGCCACCUACAAGCAGAAUGAGGAGGCGGUGCGUUGA